GUCAUCUGUUGACAUGAAUAAUCGGAAAUGGAUGCCAUGUAACGUGGAAACGUGGAAAAUAUGUCAGAUGAUACAAAUAUUGUUAGUGAAGAAUUCAUUUAAAAAGAUUUGUGACUUUUUACAUCGAACUCGACAUUAAUUACAUAUGUCAAAGAGUUCGUUUCGAUUCAAAGUCUAUACAUCCGCCUCAAGAUGUCGAAACCUGCCCUAUUAACCGUCCAUCAAGCGCUGAGGAAAAGCUUCCAAAAUCUGGAAAACAACCAAAAAACAUGGGCGAGUGUGUUAGCAGAGUGUACACCUCUCAUGGCAUCCCUGGAGAACUUGGCCGAACAAUCGAGAGCGCUUUCAAACAUCCAGCUCUCGGACACGCCGCUCAAAGACUUUCCAGAAGUGGAGGAUCUGUUGCGAUUCAAACUCUCACAAGCUAUGGAUACUGUCUUGUGUAAACUUCACCAAAAUAUGGCUUCAUUCCAGUCUCUGAGAGACUCCAUAUCCAACCAGGUCUCAACAGUCGUCCAGCUGUACGAGCAGAACCUUGAUAGUCUAGAUUUGGCAACCGUAACCGAGCGCUCCGCCGUCAUCCCAUCCGUCGUUGACAUGCUGGAGUGGUUGCAGGACGCCGAGCGCCACUAUCGACAACAAUUCAUGAGGAGGAAGAUUCUCCUUCACGCGCUCAGUUCAGACAACCUCAAGAUCUUGGGAUCCGCUACCACGAAAUGGAAGGAUUUGGAGAAUCCACGUGCUGAGGAUCAAAUCACAGAUGCACUUUGUAAAGUGUCGUUCUUUAUGGAGUCGAAGUGAAGACAAAAGGAUAUUAAGAGUGAGUGUCAAAGGACUAAGACGUAAAAAAGGACGUUGUGAAACAAAGAGAGAGUUAUUAAGUGUCUGAUAAUUGUGAAGCAAAAAAAGAUCAAGAGAUUCACACAGUAUGUUUUUAUUUCACAAUUCAAUGGAAUAUGAAAAUACAGACAACAGGAAAUAAAUGGAUAAAUAAUCAUAAAAUGGUUUAAAAUUCAGUGAACCUGCACAGGUUUAAAUACUGAUAAACACAUAUUAAGCAAAGUGCAGAUUUCAUAACACCUUCUUAGGUUUAGUCACCCCUUGGAUUUUUUCAAUUAAUCCCAGUUCAAAUGGAUUGGACGUCAACUCAUGACAUUUAAAUUCACAGCAGGAGGAAGAAAAGAGCCACAUGCUUGGACAUUUAUCACAGUCGAUGGAUUGAAAGAAUUUAUCUACGGCCUAUUUGAAAUCAACACAAAAUUGGAUAGAUUAAUCUACAACCAAUCUGAGUUAAAUCCAAAACCGUAGUGAGAUUAUUCUACAGUUGAAGCAAGAUUAAUCUACAAUUUAAAUGAGAUUGAUUUGCAGCCAGUCAGAGAUCAAUCUUCUUCGAUAAGAGAUCAAACUAUUGCCGAAGCAAAAUUAGUCUGCUACUGCUCUGAGAUUGAUCUAUAAGAGGAGAGGAAAAUGAACUCAAUACAACUACAAUUGAUCUCAAUUUGAUGUUCGACCGAUCUGAGAUGAAUCUUUUUCGAUUCGAGAUCAAACUAGCCAAUGCAAAAUUAGUCUGCAGUCGCUCUGAGAUUAAUCUACAAUUUAUAUGACAUUGAUCUGCAGCCAAUCAAAGAUGAAUCGUCUUCGAUCCAAAAAUCAAACAAUGGUCGAAGCAAAAUGAGUCUGCAGCCGCUCUGAGAUUAAUCUACAAUUGAUCUCAAUUUGAUAUGCGACCAAUCUAAGAUAAAUCUUUUUCAGUCCGAAAUCAAAUGCAAAAUUAGUCUCGGAUCACUGAGAUUAAUCUACGAUUGAUCUCAAUUUGAUCUGCGACCGAUCUGAGAUUAAUCUUCUUCGAUCAGAGAUCAAACUAAGGUCAAUGCAAACAAUCUCUGAGUGACUGCAGACUAAGAUUGAUCUCAAUUUGAUCUGCGACUGAUCUGAGAUGAAUCAUCUUCGAUCUGAGAUCAAACGAUGGCCGAAGCAAAAGUGUGCAGCCGCUCUGAGAUUAAUCUACAAUUGAUCUGCGACCGAUCUGAGAUUAAUCUUUUUCGAUUCCGAGAUCAAACUAGCCCAUGCAAAAUUAGUCUGCAGUCGCUCUGAGAUUAAUCUACGAUUGAUCUCAAUUUGAUCUGCAACCGAUCUGAGAUUAAUCAUCAAUGAUCUGAGAUCAAAUUCUGGCCAAUGCAAAAUUAGUCUGUAGCCACUCUGAGAUUAAUAUACGAUUGAUCUCAUUUCGAUCAGAGACCGAUCCGAGAUUAAUCUUUUUCGAUCCGAAAUCAAACUAUGUUCAAUACAAAAUUAGUCGGCAGUUGCUCUGUGAUUAAUCUACGAUUAAUCUCAGUUUGAUCUGUGACCGAUGAGAUUAAUCUUCUUCGAUCCAAGUUCAAAUUCUGACUGAUGCAAAAUUAGUCUGCAGUCACCUUGAGAUUAAACUACGAUUGAUCUCUAUUUGAGUACCGACUGAUCUGAGAUUAAUCUGUGACCAAUAUGAGAUUAAUCAACUACCAGAAUUCUCUUUUCUGGCAGCCAUCUUGUCUACUCUAGUCUCUACACGUACUCCUUAAGCGGUAAACUGGUCGAUGUAAUAGUUUUAGGAAGAUUCGGCGCCGAAGCAGGCGAAUUCGCAAAAUUACGUCCCACGUAUCCUCUGCGAUACCGUCCCCCCCUAUCCGCCAACGGGCACGUGCUACUCAACACCGCGCCGCUAAUCAUCAAAAUAACCGCUGCGGCCCAACCCAGAUAAAUAGCCUGACCCAACUCCCGUUUGUGCAUCAGCGGCACGUUUGGGUUGUAAAAAUCUUGAACCACGGUGUUCGCAGUCCACGAAAUGGGAACGAGAACGCACAGUCCAGUCAAGAUGAAAAGAAUCCCGCCGGCCAGCGCGAUGCCCGCCUUGGCUUGGCGGUCAUCCCCGGCGCAGGUGGUGCACUUCAUUCCGCAGCAAGACACGGUGCAGGAUAACCAUCCCAUGAAAAUGGCCAAACACAUGAGCGCGCGUGCGGCCUGGAUGUCAGGGGGCAACGCUAACAUGGAGUCGUACGUCUUGCACUGCAUGUGACCGGUGGUCUGGUAGACGCAGCUCAUCCAGAUGCCCUCCCACUUGAUUUCUGACGUCAGGAUGUUGCUGCCCACAAAGGCCGACACUUUCCAUUGAGGCAAAGCAGUCACCGCUAUCGCCAUGAUCCAGCCGGUCACCGCGCAGGUGAAGCUAAUCAGUUGCAUGCCCGUGUUCACCAUGGCGACGGUUAAUUAAUUCAGUUGUUCAGCCAGCACCUUUCAAGCUUAAAAUCAGUCUUUUUUCCAGUAUUAAAGUCUCCAAAUGUCUAAUUUUUUGUGAACCUUCUCCCACUUAGGUGAUCGUUUCUUCUCCAGUUACAACCACAAGCAGUAAUCGUUCCCACUUUCUCCCGGUAAUCGACAACCACACUUUCUCCUCCCUCUCAUACCUGCGCUCACCUCAAUGCAUUAUUGAGUAGGCGAUAGCUUCAGAAUGUCACUUUACCUCACUAGGUCAGAUUCGUACCAGGAGAAAAAAAAAGCCUCGUGUUUGUAGAAGAAAAUAUUCACAUGGUUUUGUGUAGAAUUCCCUCGAAAAACUGCCUUCAAGAAGACAUUUCCAUGAGAAAACAUGGAGUGGACGUGGCGCCUUGAUGAGGACACUUCAACUGUUGCUAAGGGUUUCCCUUCCCCCUGUUAUUAACAGUCGCAGAUGCAAAUACGGUCGUCCAAAAAUGAUGUUGGAAGGUCGAGAAGAGUGGAAAAUGUAGUCUUCAGAUGCAGGGGAGCAACAAUGAACGUGUACCCAAAUAGAUGUGUAGCGGGUGGGAGGAGAAUGGAAAAAAGGGAGGUAGGAAUGGAUGGAUGGUCGGUGGAUCAGUUGACAAAAACAUGAUGGGGGAGUGUCUACAAUGGUGUUGCUUUGGCGAAAAAUAGAGCUUAGAAUUGCAUUUAUUGGGAAAAAGUAUAACGAUACGGAUAAUUUUAUAUCACAACAUCAAAAAUGUUGCACCGAUAUCAUUUUUUGGGGGGGGGACUACCAGAAACCGAUUCCAACGCUGUGUGUGGUAUCGGUCGAUGCCGAAAACCACGUUUUACGAAGAGGAGGGGGGAAAAAAACAUUUUAACUCUGAAUUACUGCAUACUCAAAUGUAAAGUAAUUGCUACUAUGGCGUGGUCAGACACGAAAUUGACGGUGCUAGAUGUCCAAUCCAUUUGAAGUGGGAGGGUCUUUUUUUUUCUUUUUUUUUUUUUUUUUUUUUUUAACAAGUCUGUGAAAUCGCAAAGGUAUUUGUUUAGUUUUUAAAUUUACUGUGUUUUGUAUACUUAAGCAGAUUGUGCUAAUGAAUUAAAAAUGGCAUCAAGAUGUGUUUCGGGUUUCCUUUCUUCUGCGGAGCAGCCACCGAGGUAACAGUGGU